AUGCUGAUGUUAUUAUUCGGAUUUUACAAGGGAGAUAUUGUGCUUAACAAAUCAUAGCCCUAGUCUAGAUUAAAACUAAAGAAUAUAACAAGUCUUUAAUAUGAUCGUUGCUAAAACAAAUACUUUAAUUACACAUAAGGAAAAGAAAUAAGUGAUCUUGGAAUUAGUGAGUAUUUUUGUCUCGUUGAUAACAAUUACCAAAUUUAAGGAGGUUAUUAUGAUGACAUUUAUGAAUACAUUGAGCUAAAGAUUUUCAAAUGCUCUAAUAAUACUGAGAGCGAUAAAUGCUAUCCAAGAGAAGAAAUUGAUAAUUAUUUUGAAGCUGAAACACUUAACUUUGCUUAUAUAAAUACUUAUAUUGAUUACAAAGACACCAAUGACAAUAGCAAGGUCAAGCUUUUCAUUGAUGAUUCAUUUUUUGUAGAAUUAGAGGCAUCUAAAAACAAAAAGGCAAACUUUUAUAUUCAAAAAUAGCAGGCCAAAAUUUAAGAUGAUUACUUUUAAUUCGGUCAAGAGAGAAUAGAAUAAUUUUUUUCAGUAUCAAAUAUAGAAAGAUAUGACGAUAAUUACAGUCCUAGUUUAGGUUAUAUUUCUGCUGUUUACUUCAGAUAUGAUAACAGAUAUGACAUUUACUAAAUAAAAUACUAUUCCUUGCUUGAACUUAUCGGAGAUCUAGGUGGUCUAUACAACGGGUUAAGAGGAGUAGGGUUUAUGAUUGUAGCUUUCUACACUAGUAGGAUGCUUCAAUCAAACAUUAUUCGAAAAAUUUACUCAAUUAGGAAAGGUGAAUUAAAGAGGGAAUAAAUGUAGGAUUAAAGUAUAAUAAGUCGUCUUAUAAAUUCAAAAGGGCAACUGAAUAAAACAUUGAGAUUUUAUCAUGGUAUUGAAACCACAAAAAGAAAAAGUAGAAAAUAGAGUAAUAAAUAAGAAUAAGAAUGUGAGGAUUACUAGGAAAUGUUCGAAGAAAAUAAUCUGCAUGGAGAAUAGUCUAAACAAGAAUUCUCUAAUGAACAGGAUGAAAUCUAAAAUCCAAUAUCAUUAUUACACAACAGAAGACCUAGCAUUAUAACAAAGAAUAGUCAAGUCAAUUCUAAAAACCACGAUACUAAUUCUAAUCUCAACAGUAACUCAUUUGAAGCUAAAUCUGAAUUAUCUGGAACAUAAUCUCCAGCAUUUCUUCAUUUGAAUCAGCUAAGCGAAAGCAAUAAAAGAGUGAAAAUACAAUAACUUUAAGAUAAUGAUUUAAAUUAGGAUGUUAGUCUGAAAGACUUUGAUAAAAGCUAGAAAGUUAAAGAAAAAAAACUUUCAGAAUAAUUAAAAUCAGUUAAUCAGCUAAAUGAAGAUCAUAUUGAUAGUAUCAUGGAAUCAAUAAUUAAUAGGAUCAGACUUAACUACAGAUUUAUAAUGCUAGUUAAAUAUUACUGCAAAUGCUUAUGCUUAAAAAAAUUGAAAUAAAUUACUAAAAAUGAGUAGGAGAAGAUUCAUUAUCUGUACCAAAAAGGAAGGAAACAGUUAAAAAGAGAGUUAGAUGUAGUUUAGCUUUUGAAAAGCUUAAGAAAAUUCAAGUUAAUGCAGUAAGCUCUCCUUCCAGAAAAAAUAUCGAGGAUGCUUUUAUAAUUCCAAAGGUUUAAUCUUGUUGAAACUGAUACAUCUUAAUCUGACUCUGAUGAAGAAAAAGAAAAGAAAAAAAGACUCAUGGAAGAUAAAGAUUUCAAUAAAAGAUUGAUUGCAUAUGAAGAAAUGAGGGAAGACCUAAAUAUUUUCAAAACUAAAAAUAUCGGGAAUCUUGAGUAAAAUCUUAUAAGAGGAGUAUUUCAAAGAAGAUUAAAUGAUAAUGAUUCAAAUGAGAGAAUUGAUUUUCAAGAAAGCAAAUCAAUAACAGAAAGCAACUAAUAGACUUCAAGAACAGAGAAUGAUAGGUCUGUAACAUCUGAAGAUGAAAAAUUAAACAGAGAUGAGGAUGAAGAAAUAAACCCUAAAGAUAAGAUUGAUAAAAGUCCAGGAGUCAAGAUGAUUAACAAUCCUAAUAUUUAUAAUGGGAACUUUGAGACUGAAAUGAGUGGAGAUAAAGUAUUUAGAUAGUCGAUUAUCAAGCGAAAUUAAUUUUCUAAUGAGGAAGAUGAUGAUAUUCGGACAUAAAGAUAUUUUAUUGAUGAUAUAAACAGUGGUUUCUAAAAUGUUGAAUUGAAUUCAAGUGAAUCUGGAGCAACAGGCUCUCAAACAGUCGACAAUAAGAUCUUAUAUCCAAUUUAAUUCCCAUCAAUUGACCUUGCAGAUAAUGAAUUAUAAGCUGACUCUGAAUCAUAACCUUGA